GACUGGAAAUCCAACGACCUGUCCAAUGAGAAAGCGACUAAGCACGGAAGUCACCGAGACAUAACGAACGGAGAUACCAUAAACAGUUUCAGCUCACUUGGAUACGACCUUGAAUUUAAAAAUGAUCACUCUUCAAACAUACAUACAGUUCAACGACUUAUUUUAGAAGCAACGUUUUUUUUAGGCCCGCCUAACAAAAUGGAUAAAAAAAUAUCGAUAGAAUCAUUCCAAAACAAUAUUGAAGAAAUCAUAAAAAUUUCCGACAAAUUAUUUGACAGUUGGAAAUUGAUUUCGGUAGAAUCGGGUACAGAAAAUAACAAAUUCAUUGUAAAAAAGCAGGUAGUUGUUUUAACACAUCCCGAAGAACCUGAUAAAAAAUUGAUAACAAAUUUCGAAUAUCACAUUGCGUUUAGUAUUAGUUAUGGUGUACCUGUACUCUGUUUUAACAUAUGGAAACAAAGCGGUUCGAUGUUAUCAUUGGAAGAAUAUUGGCGCUACAACGUCAGAUUUAACGAAUGUAAUAUGUAUGAAACUAUAACGCAAAUUGAUCACCCUGUACUUAAUCAACCGUUUUUUACUUUACAUCCUUGUAAAACUCAAGAAAUUCUAGAACCAUUAAUGGAAAAAAGUAAGAAUCCAGUUAUUUCGUGGUUAAGUGUCGUAGCGCCUUUUGUGCAACUAGAAUUACUCGACGACUAUAUAAAAAUAUGCUAAUUUUUAAUAUAAAUCGAAUAAAUACGUUAUUUAAAGUAAAAAUAAA